AUGUUUCGAUCAUGCUUUGAAACGCCAAACGACGAAGGCUCUCCUGAUUCGUCGCCGUCCAACAAUAACAAGAGACUUGCUUCCGUUUCCUUUUCCAAUCUAGAUAGUCGUGAGAAUGUUCUUUUGGAAGUUGUGGGAGCCAUGGGGCUCGCUUCCAUUAAAGGUUUUGCCAAUUCCUACUGCACUGUGGCCGUCAAUGACAAGACGGUUCACAAGACGUCGGUUGUCAAGAACGACAGGAGCCCUAUAUGGACCAUUGCGUCAAAGUCUCUAUGCUUAUUAAAACUAGACAAGAGUGGCGCUGUCACGGUCAAACUUUGGAAUUGCAAAAGGAUUGGGAUUGGCGGUUCUCAAGUGGUGGGCAGCCUGAAUUUAGAUUACACGACAUUGAUAAAUGGUCAUGGAGUCCGUUUGGAGUAUAACCUGAUUCCGGGGAACAAAAUUUUGACUCUUGCACUGCGAUUCCGUGUGGCUAGUGAUCAUGAUCUUGCUUUUAUGAAGAGCUCAAGUUCUCCAGAUUUGCCGCUGCCAUGGGUCAAGAGUCCGCGACAUGAUCACUCGGUCAGUGACCUGGAUUUCCGCAAAGAGUCGAGAAAGAAAAUGUUUCAACAAACGACCAAAUCAAAACGAAUGUUAUUUUCGAGGGAAAAUGAAGAGACCAAGCAUCGAGUCCAACCGUUUCCAGACCCAGACGAUCCUACCACGGCGUGGAUGACGAAACAAGAAAUCAAGGAUAAGGCCAUGCUGCCGUCGAAAAGAUGGGCGGAAGUUGGAAAAGGAAGCUAUGGUGCUAUCUACCUGGAACUUCUUGGCUGCGAUGAUCUCCCCAAUAUGGAUCUGAUUGAUGGUGUCACGGACACAUUUGCGGCGAUUGUCUUUGAAGAUUCCUUUGUACGGUCAUGUGUGAUCCAUGAUAGUCUUUCUCCCAGAUGGAUGCCUUGGUCGAACAGAGCCUUCAAGUUCAAUGUCACGCACCCUUCCUCGGUACUCCGGCUUGGUAUUUUUGACUUUGACGACGUUCCUCUGGAUGUUCCGCAGAUUGAUGGACACGACCCCAUUUCCCGGAUUGAAUUAUUCCCAAAUCAGUUUGAGCACAACACUGUUUACACACUGCAGUAUCCCCUAUUUCGAGGGGUGUCGGGAGACGAGCGUUGUGGCAAACUUUCGAUUCGACUUAGAGUUCAAUGGUUCGACCCUUCCGCGGUCAAUGCUGCCCUAUCGUUUGUGACCCCGCCACGAUUUUACAUCAAUACUGAAACGGAACAUUCUUGGAGACUGGUCCGAUAUGUGAUUCGGGGCGAAGUUGAUAUGCAACAAGUAUCAGUUCAGACUUUAAAACAAUAUGUGCAGGAACUUCUUGACCAUUGGAUGGAAUUUUGUUACGUGCUGGAUGUUUUUGCAGAAAUCUUGCUCUGGAGAGGCAAUCUCAGAUUGAAUAUUCUUGGGAGGGAAGUGCUACUUUGGUGUCCAAUUCACUCCAUCGUUCUGUUCUUGGCUGUCAAAUUGGGAAUGGAUUAUCCACAAUUUUUGCCUGCAAUCUUUCUUUAUUUGAUUGCCUAUGCGCUGUUGAGCAAAAAUGUUGGAUUGGCCAAGCAUCCGAAUCCAUUUUGCAGGGUCAAGUCAUUUGAACGAUUCAGUCAUCGAUUUCCGUACUAUGAGAAAAAAGUCUAUAUUUCUCCAGGAGAUGGUAUUGAGGAAUGCGAGAAGCUUCGUGUGGUAGAUGAAUAUCGAGCAAUGCGAGUGAAGGCAUUUCUCUACGAGUUCAUCAUGAUUGGAUUGAGUGCCUACAACGUAUACAACAAAACCACUCCUAUCGAUCCAUCCACAGUUGCAACCAGUAAGAACUUUCUUAGUUCCCUGUAUCUGAAUUACUUGCAUUAUGUGAUCAUCUUGAUGAGAGUAAUUUGCAAGCAAGUGAGGCUAUUGAUCAACUUUGUGAAUUGGAAGACACAUUCCACUUACAAGGUGACAACUUUCUUAUUCCUAACAGCCACUACUUGGUGCAUUUUCCCCUAUAAAGAUGCCCUUUUAUUUGGAGCAAAGAUUUUGGUACUUCUCCCUUUGGGCCCACAUCUUGCAAUUAUCGAUUGGCUCUGGAUUCAAAACUACUAUCGGACAAGCGAUCAGCUUUUUGAUCAUUUCGAUCGUGACGAACUACCCACUUCUGAGGAACAAAUGAGGGAAGAAAUUGCGAGCCGACCAAACAUAUGCGACUUUCUGUUGACCUCUACAUUGAUUCGCGACCUGGGAAAGUCUGGCCGAAUCGUAUCUGAGCACUCAUUGAAGCUACGUGAUUUCCGAAAGCGACGGUAUGGCAACUUUACGGAAAGCGUUCAAAACAGCGCAUCUGCCGCAAAAUUCAUCCCCUUGCCAGAAUCAUUUGCCCAACCCUAUGGAGAUGGUGAUGGAGAAUACAAGGAUUUACCCGCAGAAAGCUUGGUUUGGUCUACUAUUGCUGGUCAGAAGUUGGAGGGAUCAAUGGUUUUCCAUUGUGAGAAAACGAGUCUGGGUGUCAAGGAGAAAGCGAUUUAG